GUAAAUUAACAUAGCUUAGCUAUUGCUCUAGACCUCCACCACUCUCUCUUUGACCUUGCUUCUUCUUCUUCUUCUUCUUCUUCCUCUUCUUCUUCUUCUCAAUUCUUCUACCAAGCAUGUUGGUGAUAGAAAAAGGCCUUUCAGCAGCCAUGAAUGCAAGAAUGAUUGGUUUUGGUAAUGAGGCCAUAGUUCUAGCACAUGGAUUUGGAGGAGAUCAGUCCCUUUGGGAUAAGAUCACACCCCACUUAGCUCGAAGCUACCGUGUUCUAGUCUUUGACUGGAAUUUCUCGGGCGCUGUAAAGGAUCCCAGCCUCUAUGAUUCAACAAAGUAUUCUUCAUAUGAUGCUUUCGCUGAUGACUUGAUCGCUCUCCUUGACGAGUUCAAACUGCGGGCGUCAAUUUUUGUCGGGCACUCUAUGUCCGGUAUGAUUGGAUGCAUUGCUUCCAUUAAGAGGCCUGAGCUCUUCAAGCGGCUCAUAUUCAUUGCAGCUUCUCCCAGGUACUUGAAUGCGAACAACUAUGAAGGGGGGUUUGAGGGAUCAGAGAUUGAGCAGAUCUUCGCCAACAUAGAAUCCGACUUUGACAAAUGGGCUUCAAACUUUGCCCCUCUCGCUGUGGAUGUCAAUGACCCUCUCUCAGUAGAGAAGGUAGAGAAGUGUAUCAGAAGAAUGAGACCUGAAGUCGCUCUCCCCUUGGCCAAAACAGUGUUCUGCUGCGACCAUCGUGACAUUCUCGACAAGGUUACGACCCCAUGCACUAUAGUCCAGCCCACUAAUGAUAUCGUCGCCCCAAUCUCCGUUGCUGAGUAUAUGCAGAAGAAGAUCAAGGGGAAAACAACAGUGGAGAUCAUAGACAUGGACGGCCACUUUCCCCAGCUCACUGCACACCUCCAGCUCCUUAGUGUGCUAGACAGUGUCUUGGUUUUGAGCCCUGAUCAUCAGGAGAAGUGAAGCAAUUAGCUGCAAAUCUCCACUUUUUCUCUAUUUCUAUAUCUAUAUAUAUAAAUGAGAGAAUAAGGUAAACAAAUCAAAGUCCAUCUGCAGAUGUUGUGUAUUCAAGAUCACUUGAUGGGCUAGCUAGAUACAUAGAUCACUGGAGUUGGAUAGUGUUUUGAGUUGUUCUUGGAGUGAUUACUUCUGUAGUGUAAAAGGUGUAGCCUGGAGUCUGGACUGCAUUGCUUUUGUUUGGUUGCUGUAAAUUAAUAUGAAAGUUGUGCACAGAAAUCAUCUUUGGCUGUGCCAUUGUUACUGUAAAUUAAUUAAGUAAAGGUAUUGAGAUGAGUGUUAGAUGGGGUUGGAAUUA